UACGGCGCCUACCCGUACCCUGCCCCGCAGGGCCCCGCCGCCUUCCCGCCACCACGCCUGCAGCACCCCCAGUACCCCACAGCCAGCACCUCACAGGAUGGCUUGCCGGCAGCUCCACUGCCCACCUUCACGUCGCCCGGUGGCUUCUCGGCCCCCGGCACCGCAUACCCAGAGCUGGGCACCCCAGCCCAGCCAGGCUUCCAGCCCCAAAAUCCCUACCAAGCCCCGAGCGCCUUUGCUGGGGCAGCCACCGUGCCGGCAGCACAACCUGCCCUCUACCAGAGCCCAGCAGACAUAGCUGGCGGGCACCAGAAACCACGGCAGACCUCUCUGGCUGACCUAGAACAGAAGAUCCCCACCAACUACGAGGUCAUUGGUGCGGCCACCAGCUCCUCUGCCGUGCCUGACGUCACCUUCAGCACUGCACCGGCAAGCGGUGGCUACGAGCAGUACAAGGCACCUGAGACCCGGCCGGCUGAGAGAACCAGCACGGCACCAGGCCCCUCAGCCAGCUAUUCUUCUGAGUCCCUCUAUACCAGUCUGGAGCAGAACAUCCCCCGUAACUAUGUGAUGAUCGAGGACAUCAGCGAGCUCACCAAGGACAGUCCAGCAGUGGAUGGGCAGAAAGCAGAGCCGGUGGGCACAAGCACCGAUAGCCGCCACAGCAGAGAGAAGAGUGAUCUAGGGGACACCGAGGGCUCCAGCCGUCCCUGCUGCUACAGCAAAGCCGAGGAGGAGUCUGAGGAGGACAUCUAUGAUCACCAUGGCCCUGACCAUCGUGGGAAGAACAGCUACUACCGGGGCACAGAAAGUAAUGGCAGGGUGUCAGGGAGCUCCACCAGCUCAAGCUACUACUAUGGGGACAGUGAGUACCGGCACUCCUCACGGAUGGACAAGCACGGCUCUGGCACACCACUACCGAAGCAUUCAUCCAAGAACCUGGCACCCGCCGUCAUCUCCUCCAAGCGCAGCAAGCACAGGAAGCAAGGCAUGGAGCAGAAGAUCUCCAAGUUCUCCCCCAUUGAAGAAGCCAAAGAUGUGGAGUCAGACCUGGCCUCCUACUCAACAACCAGCUCGAUUGGCAGCAGCAAUGUGGCCUCCAGGGCCAAGAAGCUGCAGGAUGAGAUCACCUACGGCCUGAAGAAGAACGUCUAUGAGCAGCAGAAGUACUACGGUGUCUCCAGCCGGGAUCUGGUGGAUGAGGAGGAGCGGGUCUACUCUUCCAGCAGCAGAACCCGCUCCUCUGGCUAUGGGAUGGAAAAGUCCUCCGGUCGGGAGAUGGGCGGCCGGAGCAAAUCCUAUGAGCGGGAAAGCAUGGAACGCUCCCAGAAAGUCAGCUCCAAGCCCUCAUCCCUCAGCAUGAGCCAGAGCCGUGGGCGGGCGCCCAUGCGCUCUCAGCCCUCGGAGGAGGAGAGCCCCGUCAGCCCCAUGGGGAAGUCAAUGGGGGGGUCACGCACUGCGGGAGGGCCGGGCCCCCAGUCAGCGGGGGACCCCUGCUCCCAGUUCUGCUCCAGCCACUCGUUGCCUGAUGUGCAAAAGCACAUCAAAGACGUGCCAAGGAGUCACUCGUACAAGCACGAGGAGGGCUACGGCAUGGAUGAUACCCAUUGCGUUGUCUCAGACAGCGAAGCCUAUCAUUUGGGUCAGGAGGAGACAGACUGGUUUGAUAAGCCCAGGGAGGCGCGGGCAGAGAGGGUCAGGCACUACGGUGGCCACUCUUCCUCGCAGAAGAGACCCCCAGUUAAGCACACCUACCACGAUUAUGACGAGCCCCCCGAUGAAGACCCGUGGCAGCACGACGAUUACCCCCAGCACCGUGAGCACCGGCACCACAGGGAGUACGAUCGCCAUGCUGGCUCCUCCCGGCACGCCAGCGACGAGCCGCCACGCCGCUCAUCAAAGCAGCACCCACGAGAAUCCGGCCGCCAUGAGCCCCGUGGCCAUGGGCCUUCAGCCGGCCCCAAGAAGGCGCAGCAGCCCGAGUCCCGUGCGCCUUACGGCCCCAGCUCCGCUGAUUAUGCCCCAUCAUCCCGCCCCGCUGCUCACCACCAUGGCACUGAGACCCCCAAGGCACAGAAACCUUCCCAGCCGCAUGGGUCGGCCACGCCAGCGCCGAAGCCGGAGCCCCUCACACACCCACAGCAGCCAGCGGCCAGGCAGCAGCAGGCCGGGCAGCCGGCAGCGCGGCAGCAGCCGGCAGCACGCCAGGCUGCCCAGCCAGCAAGCUCGGCACAGCCUGAGACCAGGGGCAGGACACAGGGACCCCCCUCGUCCCGGCCACAGCAGCAGCAGCCAGGGCCAGCCCAGGCCGCAGGGAAGGCACCGGCUACACUCCACACACAGCCGGGCGGACACCCAGCACCGGCGACAAAAGCAGAGCCGACAGACACAUCCAAACCUGCAGCAAAAGUGCCACAGCAGCCGGGGAGAGCGCCAUCAGCACAGCCCCUGGGAGCAGCAGCAGACAGCAAGGCCGGUCCAAGGGCGGCUGGGCCACGUGGUCCCGCGGGCAUGGCCACGGGGCAGCCCAGCGGGGAAGGAGAGAGUGUCUUCUCCAAAAUCCUGCCAGGGGGGGCAGCGGAACAAGCAGGCAAACUGACUGAAGCGGUGUCAGCUUUCGGCAAGAAGUUCACUUCGUUCUGGUGAGAGAACGGCACAAGGAGUUUGGGAAGCGAGUGGAGAUUUGAGUCGUUGCAGUGGAAAAACCUAUGAAGAAGCCAAUGAAUUCAGCACGCGGCGCCAGACUCUGAGUAUAACGGUGAGUGUACAGGGCACACCUGCACACAAGUCCCCUCUGCCAUUCCAUCUCUCAGGUUCCAGCGGCACCACUAUCCCCCAAGCACCUGCGAAGCCCUGCCUCGACACACUCCCAGCCCCCGGCUGGGAAAGACGUAGCACGGACCCAUGCCCUUCGUGCUGGGCCAUUCAUCCCAUCUUCAUCCCCAGGUAGUGGCCCCAAGCCAAGGCGUGGAGGCUUGGCCUUGUUCCAAAGUCUCGGCAGCGCUGGUGCAGACCCUGGGUUUCCAGGGAAGGUUUGGGCG